AUGGUUGGGUGUCCCCUUAGCUUUCUGUCUCCUUCGCUUAUCUUCCACACCUGCGCCUUCAGGCUUAUCUGCAAGCGCCUAGGCUACGUCCCUUCAUUCUCUAUCUUCCGUAGCAUAUAUGCCUUGGAGCGGGGUAAGCAUGGUUGGUCGGCCGUGAAGCGUGAUAGUAAAUACCAGGGACGGGUUUGCAAGGGAUCGCCUAAGCUCCCUAGCAAAUGGUAUUGCUCUUACUUCUUUAUUAGACCGACUCCUGGUACUUGGCAUGCACCGACUUCGGCGCCUCUCUCGACUCUAUGGGGUGAGGUUUCGGAAGAAACGUGGGCCAAGGAUUUUACCCUUGGGAAGCCUGAGCGGGAACAGAAGCACCACAUUCUUCGUGCGCCUCCCGUGGAUUUUGGGAGAAAAGGGGAGAGAGCGCGCGCCUUGGGAGAACUUUACGACCAUGAUUUCGACUACUCGAGCCUAGCGAAGAUGGCGAAGAAGACUCCUGGCGCCUCCGGAGUCAGGGCGCAGAAGGCGCCUAGCACCCCUGCCGAGCGAACUCCCCGCUCAUCUGGUAAGGCGUCUGCCGACAUCGAGGAGGCGUCUCCUCGAUUGUUUCCUUCCUUGGGGUCCCGCGACCCUCUCCCAGAGAAGACAUUAGGCAAGCGCCAUGCCUCGGCUGACUCUCCUGCUGCGGUUCCGAAGAAGAAGAACAAACCAAGUCUGGGCAGCAUUGAUGAGAUAUUGGCACCUCCUCGCUCGCGACGUGCCGUAAAGCCGAAGGAGCUUGUUCCAAUCUCUCUUUCUGCUGCCCUCAAUGCUCCAAGCGCCUUUACUUCGGCCGUGGAGUUGAAGAAUUUCCUGAAGCUUCCCCUCGACGAGGGUACCUCUCCUGCAGGCUCGGCGUGCCAGCAUUUGUUCCAGGCGAUGCUUGAUGUGGUUACGCUUUCUGACAAGAGUGCGGAGAAUCGAGACCGCACCCAUAAGAACUUUUUGCUGGCUUCUCAGUUGAAGACUGACAAGAUCACUCUCCAAGGCGUUAACUCUCGUCUGGAGGAUGAGUUGGCGUCGGUGAAGCGGCAGCUUUCGGACGCCUUGGCUGCUGAGAGUGUUUCUGCUCGUGAAGAGAAGGAGAAGGAGCUGGCAUUCCAAGCGAAGCGAAUUGAGGCCUUGGAGAAGGAGCUGCUGGCAAUGUCUGCCGCUAGGGGUCACCAGAAGGAGGAAUUCAAGAAGAGGUUGAUCAAGGAGCGUGAAGAUGCCGUAGACGCCCACCUGUCAUCAGCAGAGUUUCGUGAGUGGCAGCAGAACCUUCUGCUUGGAGUGAAGAAGAGGGCUUUCAUCGGCAUUCGUAAGAAGGUCCGCUCCGAUAAUCCUGGCAUGAAGUGGGAUACUCCGGAGGUCUGGCAGGCUAUGGAUGAUUACUUCAUCUCCCUUGGUACGGAUAACGAGCCUUCCGACUCGGACUCGUACCCCCUGGAUGAGGGUGAUUCUUCUGCCGACGACGUGGAGGUUGACGUCGAGAGGGUUGGGAAAGAGGAAGUGGGUGACAACGGCGAAGCUGCCGUCGAUGCCAAUGCUGGUGCCGGGGAAGGUGGUGGGGACAUGGUUGCUGUCGAUGGUCAGGGUGGCGCCUCGGAUGGUGGUACCGAUGGUGACUCUAGCUCGUCCGACAAUCCCUCGAGCAAGUCGGACUAG